AUGUCUCUGGUGGCCAGAUGUAAUCUGCACAGGGGGGAAGCAAAUAUCUUUAAAAGCAUCUGGAGCUUUAGUGAUUUCUUGUGUUCUGGUUUUUCCCCAAAGAUCCGAGCCAAGAAGAAACCUACUCCAGUGAAGUAUGAAGUUGGGGAUCUUGUUUGGGCCAAGUUCAACAGACGCCCAUGGUGGCCAUGCACAAUUUGUCAUGACCCAGUGCUGGACUGUCACUCUAAAAUGAAAGUUUCCAAUCGGAGACCGUACCGAGAGUAUUAUGUGGAUGCCUUAGGAGAACCUUCAGAGAAAACCUGGGUUGCUGGGAAAGCUAUUGUCCUCUUUGAAGGAAGACAUCAGUUUGAAGAGCUGCCUGUUCUUCGGAGAAGAGGAAAGCAAAAGGAAAAAGGCUACAAACAUAAGGUUCCUCAAAGAUUUAUGGCUAAAUGGGAAGUCAGUGUUGGGCAGGCAGAAGACAUUCUUCUCGGGGGGCCAGAGGAUCAAAAGUGCAGCCAGAACUCCAGUGAGCUGGACAGCGAGAAGGAAGGACAUUUGGAAUACUAUGCCAAUGGCCCUGGAGCAGAAAGGGACAGGCAACUGAACGGCUGUUUUAAAUCCUUGGCGUUUGACUCCAGACACCCGGCCAGUGAAAAAGGAAGAUUGCACAUUAAGCCACAUAUGAAAAAAAGCUCUGACAGCAGAAAAAGGACUAGAGUAAAAAAGAGUGGUGCAAGAGGGGAAGCAUCGAGGGGAGAAAUCAAAGAAAAAACGCCAGAGAGCAUAGUUAGAAACAUGAUUGUUGGGGACCUACCAGAUAAACAUGCGUCUCAUGAACUUAGCCAGAUUGCCAACAGCCUGACAGCAUCCAACAGCACCAGGGAAAACCAUUUGAUUUCCUCUUUUGGAGAAAGACGUUUUGAAAAGACACCUUUGAAACCAGACUAUGAGAAUCGUAAAAGUGAUGCUCUGAAGAACACUCUCCAAGGGGAUUUGUUUUCCAGCGCAUCUUUAGAGAGAGAGAAGAGCUCCCUGGGCAUUUUGUGCAGUUCCAAAUUACAAAUACACUAUUCUGCAUCUGAUGCUGGUAUUGAGAAAAAGGAAACUGAAUCAGACUCAUCCUCUUCCCUCUCAGAUGGUGGGAACAGUGAUGUAGAUACCAUGGACCAAAGUUCAGAGAGAGCCUCUAGUGCUCUUGAAGUUAGUGAUUCUUCAGAUAAAGUGGAGAAGGAAUUUCCUAUGACGUCAAGUGGAAACAUUAAACUUUCCAUGUAUCUUUCUCCGAAGAGCAACAGAAGGGCCAGGAAGAAGUCGUACAGAGAUCGCAAACCUCUGGGAGGUUCGGUAACCGGCAGACUUGAUGCUGAAUUUGCAGAUCGGGAGCUUGAAGUAGGCUUCUCUGAUGCUGAGAUGUCAUUGACAGCUCUUGAGUGCUCUUCAGAUGUGAGAAAUGACAAUCUUUCCUUAGCAAACAAGCACACUACUCCCCAAAGUGUUUCCAAGGACAGCUCCUGGCCUGCUGUUGCAAAUCAAGCGAUCUUAAAACCGAAAACCAUGAAAUUGCCCCGAAUCAGGAGUAUAAAAUGCAAACAUAAAGAAAAAGUUGCUGGAUUGGAGCCUUCUCUUGCAGAAGAGGAGGGUGGUGUGAAUCGCUGCUCUUCUGAUACCAAAGGUUUCUCUGGCCUUCAGAGAGAUUCUCUUCAGAGAAGCGGAAAAGUUGAUGGUCAGAAACUGUUAAACAACAUGCAUGAGAAAACCAGGGAUUCUGCUGAAAUAGAAACGGCUGUGGUGAAACAUGUCUUGUCAGAGCUGAAGGAACUGUCUUACCGGUCCAUGAAUGAUGAUGCUAGUGACUCUGGCACUCCAAAGGCCACAGUACCUUUACUUUUCUCUUCCGCCUCUGGCCGUUUGCCUAUUGAGCCAGAUUACAAAUUCAGCACCUUGUUAAUGAUGUUGAAGGAUAUGCAUGACAGUAAGACAAAAGAGCAGCAACUGAUGACUGGUCAAAAUAUAGUCCCAUUUCGAAAUACCAGCACAGCUGAUGGUUCUGGAAGCAAUUCUGCAAGUGGUCUGAAGUCCUUGUCUAUUGUAGGUCCCCCAUAUAAACUAGAAAAAAAUGGAGAUUGUGUCCAGGAAACAGUAAAUCCAAACUCUGCUGUAAGCAACUCCUCAUUUUCACGCAAUCCUCCAACCAAGUUGACGGGGAUUGGUACUAGUAAAAGGGAGCCUGCGAGUACUGCUGUUUCUGGGACAAAUGGCACAAAUUGUGUGCCCAAACGCAACUGUUCAAAAUCUAAGCAGUCUUCAAAGCUUGGAGAUAAAACAGUUUCAAACAGAAAGGACUUAAAACCAGGAGGGCCAAGUAAGUUGCUAAGUCGGUUAUCCCGAGAUUCAGGAGAACAUGCAUUCCGCGUUCACGGUUCGGUUCCCAGUCCUCUAGGUAAUGAGGCGGAAGAUGCUGAGAGGAAAGAGUCUGUUGAUUUAACAGAACAUUCAACUGAUGAAGACUCUGCCUGUUUAUCUGAUGACAAUUUAGAUCGUAUUGGAAGGAGACCUGAAGCUGGUAGAAAUAUUGAGAGCUGCACUUCCGCUGAAAAUGGGGAGAGUCCAGACUUGGAUUCAGAGGCAAAUAGUGAGAGCUCUCUUGGUGAUGAGUCUAAUGAUGUAAAUCACGUAGCACCCAAAAAGCGGUGGCAGCGUUUUAACCAAAGCAGUGCUAGAUCUAAUAAGCACAUCAGUAGAUCUAGGGAUCAAGGAAACUUGGAGAGUGCCUUUGGCCUGAAUUCUCGUGGCUUUUCACUGAAGGGAAAUGAGUGCUUGGGACGUAGGCAUUCCCCGCAUUCAAAGGUGCUUGAGGGAGACCUGACAGAUCAGGACUGUGAGAAUCGUUUAGACUUAGUUGAGAAACGUUUGAAUGUGUGUGGUAAGCCAAACAACAGUGUGAUGGACUCAGAAACAGAGCUUGGCAACUUUGCUCCCCAGUCUGAAUUCUCUGCACAAGUACAUUCAGAGAGGAAACGCCUUAGAAAGCCAAGUAAACGGCUUCUGGAAUAUGCAGAAGAAUAUGAUCACUUAUUUGCACCCAAGAAAAAAUCAAAGAAGGGCCAGGAGCAAUUGCAAAAGGUGAAUUCUGUGGUGAGGUCUGAAUUUGAAGGAGGUCUUCCUGCACAAUGCAGUCCUGAGGGAGACACCCAGCGGGGACAGAGUUCUUUGGUUUCAACUCCAUCUUCAACCAAAGAGUCCCCUCCCGUCCUUGAAGCAGAGUGCUCCUUUUCAGAACUAGGAUCCCAUCCCACUGAUCAACGUCUAGAAGAACGUUCAGACUUUCCAGAGCUGGUGUUGUCUUCCUCGGAUGUCUCUGAAGUUUCUGCUUCUCCAGAUGCAGAAGAGAGAUUCUUGAAAUCAGGAAACUUCGAAAGCAAGCGUCAGAGGAAGCCCACUAAAAAGCUCUUGGAAUCCAAUGAUUUGGACACUGCCUUUAUGCCAAAGAAGGAGGAGUGGACUCCCCCAAAGAAGGGCACUGGCCCUUCGGAGAGCGAUAGCUCUGAGCUCUACUCACCAGCCCACUUCCCAGACCUGGGAGAAGCUUCUGAAAAGCUCUCGGAGAAGCAGCGGAAGCGGAAGAGACAGCGCCAUACCUCUGCUGCAGUUCAUUCUAAGAAGGAGAGAAAUGAGGAGGGGCUGGGGGAGACCCCACACUCUGAGGGGGAGACAUCGGUUCAUGGGACUGCUACAAGCCCCAAAGAGGGUAAUGAAGAAGGGUCAGAGAAUGACCAUGGAGUGCCUUCGUCCAAAAAGAUACAAGGGGAGCGUGGAGGAGGAGCAGCUCUCAAGGAGAAUGUGUGUCAGAUCUGUGAGAAGCCAGGGGAAUUGUUGCUGUGUGAGGCGCAGUGCUGUGGUGCUUUCCACCUGCAGUGCCUUGGGCUCUCCGAGAUGCCAAAGGGCAAAUUCAUCUGCAACGAGUGUUCCACAGGCGUCCAUACCUGCUUUGUGUGCAAGAGCUGUGGGGAAGAUGUAAAACGGUGCUUGCUGCCCCUCUGUGGGAAGUAUUACCAUGAAGCGUGCAUACAGAAGUACCCGCCCACAGUCAUGCAGAACAAGGGCUUCCGAUGCUCCCUGCACAUAUGCAUGACUUGUCAUGCUGCUAACCCAGCAAACAUCUCUGCAUCUAAAGGUCGCCUGAUGCGCUGUGUGCGGUGCCCGGUUGCGUACCACUCCAACGACUUCUGCCUCGCUGCUGGCUCCGUGGUCCUCGCCUCCAACAGCAUCAUCUGCCCCAAUCACUUCACUGCACGGAGGGGCUGCCGCAACCACGAGCACGUCAACGUCAGCUGGUGCUUUGUCUGUUCAGAAGGGGGCAGCCUCUUAUGCUGUGAGUCGUGCCCGGCUGCAUUUCACCGCGAGUGUCUAAACAUUGAGAUGCCAGAGGGAAGCUGGUAUUGUAACGAUUGCAAGGCAGGCAAAAAGCCACACUACAAGGAAGUAGUCUGGGUGAAAGUCGGGCGCUACAGGUGGUGGCCCGCUGAGAUUUGCCAUCCUAGGACAAUUCCUGUCAACAUCCAGAAAAUGAAACAUGACAUCGGUGAGUUCCCUGUGCUGUUCUUCGGCUCCAAGGAUUACCUGUGGACCCACCAGGCCCGUGUGUUCCCUUACAUGGAAGGUGAUGUCAGCAGCAAAGACAAGAUGGGGAAGGGCGUGGAUGGCAUAUACAAGAAAGCUCUUCAGGAAGCUGCAGUAAGAUUUGAAGAGUUGAAGGCACAGAAAGAACUGAGACAGCUUCAGGAAGACAAAAAGAAUGACAAGAAACCUCCUCCCUACAAACACAUCAAGGUGAACCGACCGGUGGGUAAGGUGCAGAUCUUCACUGCGGACCUGUCUGAGAUACCGCGUUGCAACUGCAAGCCCACCGAUGAGAACCCCUGCGGCCUGGACUCCGAGUGCAUCAAUCGCAUGUUGCUCUACGAAUGCCACCCCAUGGUUUGCCCUGCUGGGGAGCGCUGCCAGAACCAGUGCUUCUCCAAGCGGCAGUAUCCCGAGGUACAAAUUUUCCGCACGCUGGCACGAGGCUGGGGCUUGCAAGCCAAAACAGACAUCAGAAAGGGCGAAUUUGUUAAUGAGUAUGUUGGGGAGCUAAUUGAUGAAGAGGAGUGCCGAGCCCGAAUCCGCUAUGCUCAGGAGCAUGACAUCACCAAUUUCUACAUGUUGACACUGGAUAAGGAUCGAAUCAUUGAUGCUGGGCCAAAGGGCAAUUACGCUCGAUUCAUGAACCAUUGCUGCCAGCCAAACUGUGAGACUCAGAAAUGGUGUGUGAAUGGUGAUACUCGGGUUGGGCUCUUCGCAAUUGUAAAUAUCAAAGCUGGGACUGAACUGACUUUCAACUACAACCUGGAGUGUUUGGGAAAUGGAAAGACCGUUUGCAAAUGUGGUGCCCCAAAUUGCAGUGGCUUCCUAGGAGUCCGGCCAAAGAGCCAACCCAACCUCACCGAGGAAAAGUCCAAGAAGCUAAAGAGACGGCCACAGAUGAAGCGCAGGUCGCAAGCGGAGGUGAUGAAGGAGCGAGAGGACGAGUGUUUCAGCUGUGGGGAUGGAGGGCAGCUAGUUUCUUGUAAGAAGUCAGGCUGCCCCAAGGUGUACCACGCAGACUGUCUCAACCUCACCAAGAGACCUGCAGGAAAAUGGGAGUGCCCGUGGCAUCAGUGUGAUAUGUGCGGUAAGGAAGCAGCUUCCUUCUGUGAGAUGUGCCCCAGGUCCUUCUGCAAGCAGCACCGGGAAGGCAUGCUCUUCAUCUCCAAGCUGGAUGGACGUUUAUGCUGCACAGAGCACGAUCCCUGCGGGCCUAACCCUCUAGAGCCGGGAGAAAUUCGUGAGUAUGUGCCUCCCAUAGAAACCCUGGCUAAUGGCGAGGACACCCAGCCACCGGAGCAGCCACCUGCAGACACGGACCUGAGCGUUCAGCCUCUGGACAGCCUACCUCAGUCUGUGGCCCUCAGACUGCAGUCACCAGAAAAGCCCCCCGCUACCCUAGCGCUGAGGCUGCCGCCUUCAGACAAGCCCCCCACCACCCUAGCCCUGAAGGUGCAGCCAUCAAACAAGCCCCCCACCACCCUGGCCCUUAGGCUGCCUCCACCAGACAAACCGCCCGCCACUCUGGCACUGAGACUGCCGCCGUCAAAUAAACCCCCCACCACCUUGUCGUUGAGGCUGAAGCCAUGCAACAAACCCCCCACCACCCUCUCGCUCCGGCUGCAGCCUUCGGACAAACCUCCCACCACCCUCUCGCUCUGCCUGCAGCCAUCGGACAGGCCCCAGGCUGCCCUGUCCCUAAGGCUGCAGUCAGAGAAGCAACCCAUCAUCGUAGCGCUGAGGCCUCAGCAGCCCGACAAACCUCCCACCAACGCGGUGCUGUGGCCACUGGAUGAGUCCUCCGGUGAUGCCUCGCAGCCUCAUCUGCCGAGCAAAUCUCCUCCAGGAACUCCACAGUCAUCGGAUGAGUCAAUUGUUACUCCUGGUGCCCUGCAGCUCCAGCUGUCGGACGAGCCUCCUGCCACCCCCGGGGUUUUGGGGUUAUCGGACAAGUCUCUCAUUGACUCCGAGACCCAGCAGCCUGAGCUGCUGGAUGAGUUCCCAACAAAAUGCCUGCAUCCUCAACUGUCGGACAGACUUCUCGCCACGGCAGAGACGCUGCAGUCCCAGCUGGUGGACGAGCCUCCUGUGGCCGAGCAGCUUCAGCUGUUGGAUGAAGCUUCUGCCCAGAGUCCGCAGCCGCAGUCUGUGGAAAAGGCUCCCAGUGGAGCUGUGGUGCCACAGGUCCCAGCAUCGGAGAUGGCUCCCAGUCCUGGGGUUCUGUGGCCUCUGCCUAUUGAAAAAGUCCCUGGCUCCCCAGUCUCACGGAUCCUGCCCAUGGAGAAAACUCCUGGAUUGGCUGUGCCACGGCCCCCACCUCCGGAGAAGGCUUCCUUCUCCGGGGCAGGAUGGGUCCCAGCCGCAGAGAAAGCUCCCAGCUCUGGGGCACCUCAUCCCCUGCCUCCAGAGAAAGCUCCUGCCUCGGUUAUGCCACGGAUCCUGCCCACAGAGAAGGCUCCCAGUUUAGGCACGCUGCGGCCCCUGCCUCUGGAGAAGGCCCCUGGCUCCCGGUCACCACACAUCCUGCCCAUGGAGAAGUCUCUUGGCUCAGGGGCCCUGCGGAUCCCACUCACCCAGAAGGCACUGGCCCCUGGGGUGCUGCGGCCCCUGCCUCCAGAGAAGGCUGCCGACUCCGGGGCCCUGCGGGUCUUGUCUCCGGAGAAGGCUCUUAGCUCCAUGGUGGUUCGGCCUCAGCUCUUGGAGAGGCCUCUCACUCUCACAGCCCCGUGGCCUCAGGCGUCGGACAAGCUGGCUGCUGCCGUGGCUCCUCGGCCUCAAGCCCUGGACAAGCCUCCGGCUGCAUCGGCUCCGAGGCUGUUGCUGUCGGAGAAGGCGCUGCGGCCCGUCGACCAGAACGCUCAGCCGAAGGAGAGAGGAGCCCCAGCUGUGGAGCUGAGUCCCCAGCAGAAAGAGAGGACCAUGUUAGCUGGCGAGCAAAUCUCUUGGUCUGCUGGGAAGGUGGUGACGCAUGUCGGACAGGUACCUUGGCCUAUGGAGAAGCUACAGACGCAUGAGCAAACCCACUGGCCCACCGCAAAAGCCCUGACGCCUGCAGAGCAGUCUCCCCGGACAGCGGAGAAACUACCAGAGCCAACGCUUCAGCCCAGCUGGGAAGUGGCCUCAGCCCCCGCAGAGCAAACCCCUUGGACAUCAGAGAGAUUGUGUGCAUUUGAGCAGACCCCUCGGCCAGCCAGGGAAGCGCCAGUGCCCCCGGAGCAGAUGCAGUGGCUUGUCACGAACAUUCAGACAAUUGACCAGAUUACUUGGCUGAGUGGAAAAGCACAGACUCCUCGGGGGCAGGACCCUUUGCCUGAACAAAACACAGCGCUAGCCCGUAACCAGGAUUCUGUCUGUCGUGAGUUGGCUGACUCAGAGCCAAAGUGAGACACUGGGAACUUGUUAAAAGGAAAAGCAGCAGCAGCAGCAGCACCGGGAGGCUCGAGGUGUGGCUGGAGCGGAGGGGGGUCCCCAGCCGAUGCGGGCGGGAGGUGGGAUGUGAGGAGGGGGCAGGCAGGGAGCACAGCUCUCGCUGCCACGGGGCAGGAGAAGCCUUUCAGCAGUGGUGUUCCUGGCUCUGCAUAACCGCGGUGCCGUUCACCGCCCCGCCAGCCUGCUCACCUCCCACACCAAACAGGUCGGGUACCGUGCCUGGCUUUGAACGUCCCCUGUCACCCCACAGUGCCCUGUGCUCUCAGCUGGGGUCCUGGAUGCCGGGUGAGGCUGGGGGUCCCAGGGAGGGUGGCCCUGGCUGCCCAGGGAUGGGGGGGGACAACCCAUGCUCAAGAGGAGGUUUAAGUUGUGCUGAAGCCGUGAGCGGGAGGUUUGCUCAGAGUCGGGGGGGAAAACCUUGGGGUGAGCAGCCCCAUGCUGUGUUCUGCCUCCCUCCCCCCCCACCUCAAGGUGUGCUGCCCAUGGGGUGGCAGUGGAGAGGUGUCCCCACAGGGUCCUGUCCCACAGGCCUGGCAGGAGUCGGGGUGCCUGGCUGAGGUGGGGGCUGGGGUGAGAGCUGGGUGGGGGACGCGUGGGUGCUCAGCCCUGGCUGGGACUCAUCUGUUGGUUCUAAGCAGGGGAUGCCAGAGCGGGUGAGAGAAACCUACAUAUUUCCAGCAUGUAUAUUAUUUUUAGAAGAGAGAGAGGGGAGAGUCUUGGACCAUUGAUUACUUUCAUUUUGCUCCCCUUAGACUGUCAGCUGUGUAUGUGAAACUUAUAAAGAAAAGAGGGUUGCCCUGCCCAGGUGCUCCCAGAACAUGUACUGUAAUUCUUUGUAUAUAGAAGAAAAAUUACUGUAAAGUAAAGUUUAACUUUACUCUCGA